UGGUCAUUCCCUGUACUGUGUCCGCAGUCUCUGGUCAUCUCCUGUACUGUGUCUGCAGUCUCUGGCCAUCUCCUGUACUGUGUCCGCAGUCUCUGGUCAUCUCCUGUACUGUGUCCGCAGUCUCUGGUCAUCUCCUGUACUGUGUCCGCAGUCUCUGGUCAUCUCCUGUACUGUGUUCGCAGUCUCUGGUCAUCUCCUGUACUGUGUCCGCAGUCUCUGGUCAUCUCCUGUACUGUGUCCGCAGUCUCUGGCCAUCUCCUGUACUGUGUCCGCAGUCUCUGGUCAUCUCCUGUACUGUGUCUGCAGUCUCUGGUCAUCUCCUGUACUGUGUCCGCAGUCUCUGGUCAUCUCCUGUACUGUGUCCGCAGUCUCUGGUCAUCUCCUGUACUGUGUCCGCAGUCUCUGGCCAUCUCCUGUACUGUGUCCGCAGUCUCUGGCCAUCUCCUGUACUGUGUCCGCAGUCUCUGGCCAUCUCCUGUACUGUGUCCGGAG